ACUUACGUUUUACAUUGAGCACUGGAUGAUAAAUAAACAGCUUUCCGAUGAAUCUCAUUUCGAAGAUAUGUUUGGAACUGUAUGACUAGUAAACCGUGUUUUUGUUUAGUGGUUUACAUAUGGUCACAAACAAUUGUUUGACUUAGUUAAAGAAAUAUAAUACUUAUAAAAAUUAAAAAUGCAUGGAAAAGUUAAACGAUUUAAUUUGUAGGCUCUAAGUGGUUUAAUUUUUAAAUUACGCGAAGGCAUAACAUGUUUACCGAAACUUGUCACAAACUAACUAUACAGCAAAGGCGAUUGAACUUAAUUUAAUUUGAAGCUUCAGUUACAAAACGCGUUAAAAUGAGAAAUAAACAAUUCAACCAAUAGAAAUGCAAAUUAAGCGAAUUCAAGCGGAAAACGGAGUGUAGUGAACUUUCAUAUUAUUUUGUGAGAAUUAACCAUUUAACAAGUCUCCUUUCAUCUAAUUAGUUGGGAUAAAACAGUUUGAUUAUAGUAGUUUAAACCACAACAGUCGAGAGGGCAAUGUAUCUACCUGGAGUGACUAAGUGAUAAUUUGAUCUCUUUAGAAAAUAUUCGGAAGGAGUACAACUCAUAUCGAACAUUUGAAUUUAAACGUGAUAUAUGACCUGUUUGGUGUUAAACCGUUUGGAGACUACAAGUGGGAAGUUAACUGGAAAUUUGGAAUGUUCAGCAUACCUCUAGAAGUGCCUACAAGUACUGUAAUGUGAAGCCUACUUGAAUAGAAUAGUGCAAAAACACUGGAGUAUAGAUCUUUAUUUAGAAAAAAAUGUCAUCCAUAGUGCAACUGCGGAAAAAUGCUUUCCUUCAAGCGGAUAUUGAGAAGAAGACCAACCCCGCACCCAACUCCCCGAAGCUUAAUGGAUCCCCGCGGAUAGGGGGUCCAUCUCGAAUACAGCAGGUUUACAAAGGGGGAGGGGCUAAGGAUGCAACGCGUGACACAAAUCCGCCCGCAAGUGCUCGUGGAGUUUCACCUAUACAAAGAUUUCCUAAGACUCCUCAAGUUGACAAUGAGAAAAAGGAAGAAAAGCGACCGGUUGUGUCAAAACUCGGUGUGCAAGAAAAGACUUGGGCCGGUAGAAAGUCCACAAGCCCCGUUAGUCGCGAGCAGAAUGUUGCCAAGGUGAGUGCAAAAGACGGGCGUGAGAAAUCCUCGGAUAUGAGGACUAAAGACAUGUCGCCAGCUGGCAGAUCGUCAAGCAUUCAGAUUACCUCUGGUAAUAAGGAUGUGAGUAAGACAAUUCAUUCACACCAGGAGGGUGCAAAAGAAAUAAAACCAAGCACGGCCGUGACGGAGACUAACAAAGCAACGAAAGACGCUAAGCCUACACGAUUUGCAAUGAGGAAACAGAAAAGGGCCAAGCGCCAUCGGUCCGAUGGCUUCGUGCUUGGAUUGGAGAUGGGUGCCAACUCCUCGGAGGACGAGUGUGUCCCUGACAGUAACACACUGGGAGACGCCAUAAACUUCUUACAAUGGAUCAGAAACCCGAACCUGCAGAAUCUUGCCAAGCUUCGAAGGGCAAUUAAAACAAACGACAAAGACUGGAUGACGGAGUUCUUGGAGUUUGAUGGCUUGGGACUGCUGUUUCAAUGUCUGAAAGAUCUAAGUCUGAUGCAGGGAUUUCACUUGUCGGAUAUGGUUCUGAAGAUGGAGUGCAUAAUGUGUAUACGGGAGGUGGUCAACUCACAGACUGGCCUGGACUGUCUCCUCAAAAUCAAGGGAAGGAAGGACAACAUCUUUGGCAGGCGGUUUGCUUCAGCCCUGGAGACGAAGAACCUGAUGGUGAAGAUGCAGAUCUUUGAGCUGCUUUCUGCCCUGUGUGUCUACUCUAAGGACGGCUACUAUCUCACGCUGGACGCACUCGAGAGAUACAGGAGUUGGCAGAAGCUCCAGUACCGCAUGUCUCUACUGGUGAAUGAGGUCCGGGGGUCGGAGUUGACGACGUAUCGCACAACCAUAAUGGCCCUCAUCAACGCUAUCAUCUUUGCAAACGAGAAUAUAAGGGACAGGGUCCGCAUAAGGAACGAGUUUCUAUCUCUGAACCUGCUUGACACGAUCGCGUCCCUGCGAUGCGAGGAUGACGAGGAUUUGCACGUGCAGUGUGACGUAUUUGAGGAUGAGAUGCACGCGGAUUUGGACGCGCUCGAGGAGCAAAGAUCAUCUGACGUCAACAUCAACGACCACCAGUCUGUCUUCAAAGCUAUUUAUAAGAAAGUCCAGGGAACGCCGUUGAACGCCACAUUUUUGGGUAUCUUGCACAGUCUUCUCCAGAUAGAGACCCACAACCUACAAAGUGAGAGUACAUGGACACUCAUCGAACGUUUAACACAAGAAGCCUUGUCAACUAAAGAUGGGGAGACAUUAUUUGCUCAGUGUACCGAGGAGAAGAAACAUACCAAGAAUCAAGAAAUCCAGACAUGUUUUGACAAUGAAAACGAGACAUUUGCACAUAACGACGCAUCCAGCAAUGGACCGGCGGCGCAAGUGCCGCCGCCACCUCCACCACCUCCACCACCAGGUGGCGCCCCACCUCCACCGCCACCUCCACCAGCAUGUCCGCCGAUACCAGGUGCGCCCGCGCCUCCACCGGCACCACCUGUCCCAGGAGGUCCACCUGCUCCACCGCCCCCACCCGGCAUGGGCCCGCCGCCCCCGCCCGGCAUGGGACCGCCGCCCCCACCUGGCGUUCCCGGUGCACCUCCACCACCUGGGGCUGCGGGACCUGCAGCAGUCGCGGGUGAACCAGCACCCCAACCUAUUGACACACCGACGCCUUCGAAGAAAAUGAGGACGCUGACUUGGAAUAAAAUUCCAACGUAUUCUUUCAAAAAGAACAGCGUUUGGAGCGAAGUUCAUGGUAUGAAGGACAGUAUCGAUGUUGAAUAUAGCAAGUUAGAGGAAAUGUUUGCUCAAAAAGAAUCCACAACCUCGCCAAAAAUCACAUCACUUGCUCCGGAUGAAAAUGCUGUUACCAAGAGGAAUUCUGCACAUAAUCAUGAGAUAACGCUUUUGGACCCAAAGAAAAGCAUGAAUAUCAACAUAUUUUUGAAGCAAUUCAGAAAGCCGAACGAUGUGAUUGUGGAACUAAUAAAAUCCGGUGAAGCGAGGUCACUUGGAGUAGAAAAACUUAAAGGACUCCUUAAAUUACUUCCCAACCAAGAUGAGGUGGAGCUUUUGCAUAGCUUCGACGGUGAUGUAGAACGGCUCGGAGAUGCAGAAAAGUUUUUCCAUGGUCUGAUAAAACUUGAGGACUUCAAGCUCAGAAUUGAAAUGAUGAUUCUCAAAGGCGAUUUUAAUUCUCAACUUGGGUCUGUUCGCCCUAAUAUUCAAGUGUAUACUGCACUCUGUCGGCGGCUGAUGGACUGUGAAUCACUCAAAGAAUUUUUAAGAUAUGUUCUGCACGCUGGGAACUUCAUGAAUAAGGGUAGCAACGCGGGUGGCGCUCUUGGCUUUCGAAUCAGUUCGAUGAACAAAGUGAUAAUGACAAAAUCAAACGUCCCCAAGAAAACAUUGCUGCAUAUUUUGGUAGAAGAAGCUCAAAGUAAGAACAAACAUUCACUGGAAUUCGUCGAAGAGUUACUGGAACUGUUACAGAAAGCUUCUAGGUUUACCUUGGAUGGGAUGACUGCAGAAUUUGCUACCCUGAAGUCCAAUGUAAACAGACUUAGGGCUGCUCUUGAAAGUGCUGAUGAAGAAGUGAAUAGUCAAUUCAGCAGCUUUAUUGAGCAAGCGGCGUCAGACAUCAGUGACGUGGAGGAGGGCGUAGAGCGGGUCCAGAAGCUCUCGGUCAAACUCGCUGUCCAUUACUGCGAGAACGAGAAGUCCUUCAAACUUGACGAGUUCCUUGAAGCGUUCCGGGAGUUUUGUGAGAAAGUGAAAAACUGUGAACAGGAGCUGGACACAUGGCGGCUUAACGAGGAGAAGGCGGAACUCCGAAGGAAAACACAGGCUGAUCUCGCUGAUAAACGCAAAAGUGCUGGUUCUGUAAACCGUCACGGAAUGGCUGACAGAAAAAUUGUCGACAAUAUUGUCAACGAAAUCAGGAAGGGCAAGGUCCUGCGGCGUCUGUCCAUGAAGAAAAAGGCGACCGAUUCUGAGAUACAGGCAGCGGGAGCAACGAAGUGAGCCAUUGGUAGUGUUCGACUGCUCGUCUAGUCUUGAGCCGCUCUUAAUGAUGCAAGCCAUAAAGCUAAAUAGCAUUGUUCGUAUAUGGACACUUACUAAACACUACCACCAACAACAACAUAAACAAAAAUGUUGUUGUUGUGGACACUUACUAAACGCUCCCGUCUGCACGGUAUUAUGCCGGUCAAGGUCACAGCUGCGUUUCAUGCUAUGACUACAUCCGGUCUUCUUUAAGUGUUCAGAAGAAAGCCGAUAUAAUGUUUGUGCUUCGCAUCAUCUUGCCAAAGUGUAUUUCCUGUACAGAUAUUCUGAACAGCAUACCUUAGAUAAGUUAUCAAUAAAGACAUACUGCGUUUUUCAGAAAAAAUAUCCUUGUGUAUGCAUAUGUGAUUGUACUUUAAAUGCCGUUACAGUUUGUCCUACUUUGAAAGCCAAUGAGAUUGCUGCAUUUCGUUUUAAAUUUGAAAAAUAUUUCCCAUAUUCUGCAAUUCGUCCCUGAUAUGAACUCCGAUACAGAGAAAAUACAGUGAUAUUUGGCCUACGUGACUUUUCUAGAAAGUAGGCGGAGCCUGUAUUGUUUACUGUAAAAUGUUGAUGCUUUCCAUAAUACGGGCAUUCUAAAGUGGCCGACCCCUAGAUUUGCAACCAAAAUUAAUCAACAACAUAUCUUGUGUGUUUAUUAAAUUUUGCAACCAAAAUUAAUUUUUAAAGAACUCAUUAUCACUAUCCAGAAUUGUAAAGUCCAUGACGCUAACUUUUUAGAACAAAAGCCAACACGAGACUGCGACAAUUUAAUUCUUAGGUCUGCAUGUACCGCACCAGACAUCAUGUGACAUCAAAGAACCGGUGCCGCGCCACUAGAUUAUUUCCCUGGCUUGUCAAUCAAUUUUUGGGUGGAGUCGGCGUUUGUCAGUCAACGUUUUGCCGGGUGUGCGGACGUGACAAACUGUAAGCAAGUUAUCUUUCAUAUUUUUAAAAAUACGGAACAAAUUGCUGCGCUCGCCUUCGGCUCGCUUGCAAUAUAUUCCGUAUUUUUAAAAAUAAGAAAGAUAACUAAUACUUAACAGUUGCAUGUUCGGUUUUAUGUUCGGUCUUGGAAUAGCGCAGUUUUGGUAUUAAUGUUAGAUGUUGAAUGUUAGAUAUGUUAAUAUGUGUCUUCAUGUAGAAUAGCUCUAUUAUAUGCUUAAAACGUUGAAAUAAAUAAAAUUACAAAACAA